AUGGUGAAUCUGCAAUCCUUGACUGUGGCUGCAGCUGGUCUGCUGUUACUCCCAUCGUCUCAAGCUGCUGGUCUCUACACCAAGAACUCGGGCGUUCUCAACCUCGAUGCUAGAAGCUACCGUUCGUUGAUCGCCAAUUCUAAUCACACUUCUAUUGUUGAAUUCUAUGCUCCAUGGUGUGGUCAUUGCCAGAAUCUCAAGCCCGCCUAUGAGAAAGCUGCCAAAUCUCUCGAUGGUAUUGCCAAGGUCGCUGCUGUCAACUGCGAUGAAGAAGAGAACAAGGCUUUCUGUGGCAGCAUGGAUGUCAAAGGCUUCCCUACCUUGAAGAUCGUCCGUCCUGGAAAGAAGGUCGGAAGACCCACAGUCGAGGACUACCAGGGUCCCAGAACCGCAAAGGGCAUUGUUGAGUCUGUCAAGGACAAGAUUCCCAGCCAUGUCAAGAGAGUGACCGACAAGGACCUUGACAGCUGGCUGACCGAAAACAACUCCUCGGCUAAGGCCAUCCUGUUCAGCGAGAAGGGCGUAACUAGCGCUCUCAUCAAAGCCGUGGCUAUCGACUUCUUGGGCUCCAUCUCGGUCGCUCAGACCAGAAGCAAGGAAGCCGCUGCCGUCUCUCUCUUCGGUGUCACUUCAUAUCCCACUCUUGUGCUGCUUCCUGGCGGUACCAAGGAUCCUGUUGUCUAUUCUGGCGAAAUGAACAAGGCCGCUAUCGUCGAAUUCUUGUCACAAGCUGCCACACCAAACCCUGAUCCCGCCCCUGCUUCUUCGUCCAAGUCGAAGUCAAAGGCAUCGUCAAAGGACGCUAAACAGUCCUCGAAGGCUUCAUCUCAAUUCUCAAAGGCUUCGUCUUCCCAUCGCUCCGACGAAUCUGCUAGCGUCAAGGCUUCACAGACUGCCGAGACUCUUGAAGAAAACAGCAACCCUACUGAGAGCCCCAACCCUCAAGUUGCCACCGACGACACUCAGAAACCUGUCCAAAUCCCCGAUGUGCCCCCUCAAAUCACCACUCUCGACACUCCUGAGUCUCUCCAGCAAAGCUGUCUGACAUCCAAGUCUGGUGUUUGCAUUCUGCUUCUUGCUCCAUCUGCCUUCGUCCAGACCACAGACUCACCCGUCUCCAAGGCUGCUAGUGUUCUGUCUGAGGUCCACCACAAGCACACGAAGCGUGGAGCCAAGCUGUUCCNNCCCUUCUACAAUGUGCCAGCAUCUGCAUCUUCCGACUUGCGUUCAGCAUUGGGUCUGUCUGAUGACUCUCUCGAGAUUGUCGCCGUCAACGCCAAGAAGGCUUGGGUCAAGCGCUACUCGGCCAUCUCCGAUGUCAGCCACAAUGCUAUUGACGCAUGGGUUGACUCGAUCCGUAUGGGCGAAGGCAAGAAGGAGAAGUUGGCCGAGAGUGUCAUCGUGGAAGCCGCCGAGAAGCAAACCCCACCUGCUGCCGAGAAGGCCGAGAAGCCUGAGGAGAAGGUUCAGAUGCAGAUGGAAGAAUUGACUGAUGAGCAGUACGAGGCAUUGAUGAAUGCUCACAAGUUGAAGCCUCUGAAGCCUGAGGAGUCAGCUUCUCACGACGAGCUUUAG